CAAAGGGGAUGUUCGAGUAUAUAAAUAAAGUUCUUUCCAAAAGAAAAACACUGAGCAUGUUCAAAGGAUGCAAAACUCAUCACCUUUAAGAAACCAUCUCUCCAAUCAUCAUCCACAACUGCUUAUCCAGUAGAGGGUUGCAGUGUUUGCUUGGAGCCAACCCAGGAAGCCCAGGGCACAAGGCAGAGAAACACCCUGGAAAGGACGGCAGCCAAUUGUAGGGCCUUGUAAGAAAACAGCUCUAUGCUGUUUUAUUUUGUUGUUGCCUUGUGACAGAGAAAUGAACAUUUCGCUAGAGCUGGAAACAUACCAGUACUGCUAUCCAGCAGCUAAUGGAACGUGUGUUAAAAGUAGCUACUCUGGAUUUGCCAGGUUUGCCUUGUACGUGUUUUUUGCGUCAGGGAUGACCGUGACCAUCAUGGGGAACCUGGUGGUCAUCAUCUCCAUCGUGCACUUCAAGCAGCUGCACACACCGACCAACAUGCUGGUGAUGUCACUGGCCCUGGCUGACCUGCUUCUGGGGGCCGUCGUGAUGCCCUUCAGCAUGAUCAGAUCAGUGGAGGGCUGCUGGUACUUUGGAGAUUUUUUCUGCUCAUUACACUCCACUUUCGACUUGUUCCUCUCAUGUGUUUCAGUCUUUCACCUGAUUUCCAUUGCAGUUGAUCGAUACCAGGCAGUUUGCAAUCCACUGCGGUACCAUAACACAGUGACCAUUGCUGUGGCUUGGCUGAUGGUAGCGUUGAGCUGGGCUGCAGCUGCUUCUUACUCCUGUGGUCUCCUUUACUCUAAGGGCAGUGUGACAGGCCUAGAUGGAUACACCACUUCCAUAAAUUGCUUGGGGAGCUGCAUCCUUCUGCUUAAUGUGCUAUGGAAGGCUGAGCGGGUAUUCACCGUAACUCAACUUGGGCGGCCGCAUCAGGUCUCGGAGAAACGGGGUCGAGUCAGAGGCUGCAAGAGAGUAGAGUCCAGCAUUGUGCUGAGCUUGGACAACAUCCUCCUCUCCUAUACCACCUUCAGAGAGUCCAGCAUUGUGCUGAGCUUGGACAACAUCCGCCUCUCCUAUACCACCUUAAGAGAGUCCAGCAUUGUGCUGAGCUUGGACAACAUCCGCCUCUCCUAUACCACCUUAAGAGAGUCCAGCAUUGUGCUUAGCUUGGACAACAUCCGCCUCUCCUAUACCACCUUAAGGGAAUCCAGCAUUGUGCUUAGCUUGGACAACAUCCGCCUCUCCUAUACCACCUUUAGAGAGUCUGGCUCCAUCCCCACAACGUUACUGGCCUUGCGAAUCAGUUUAUUGAGUCUGUUGGCAUCCGCUACCCUCAGCCUGCUGCCCCAGCAUGCAACAGCAUAG